AUGGACGGACAGGCAAAUCAGAGUUGGCAAGGAAACAGGAUGUCUCCUAAUCCUGCGAGAUCGAGUCCUGGACUUCCUCAGCAAAGACGUUACGACGAGUCUUGGGUAGAGGUGGCAUCACAACCUUCGUCUUCAUCCCUUUCUAGCAUCGGCGACGAGAUUGUUACCACUGGUUUACGCGUUGGGAACCCCUAUGUUCGUCGACGUCGCUUACAACCCUCGGCAAGAUCGCUUCCCCAACAAAAUACGGCUAUCCACAACGGCUCUGCCGCCGAUAUGAGCAGCCAGGAAGAAUACGAUGAAAGCGAUAGCGAAGAUGAUCGCCUCCUUACCAGCUCGACCGAGAAUGCCCAGCGGUCUGAAGAAGAUAUGGAUUUGGACUCGGAGGCCGAGUCAGAUGGUGAUAACGUCACCGCGCUUGGGCGGGUGUCUGAUCGACCUGCAGACCAACCCGUCUUCCGACCUCAACCCAAUGCCUUCACUCAUCCAUCGACACAGCGACGAGACUCUGCUCCAGCUAUUCCUACCGCGCCCCCUCCUCAUCCUCACAAUGGUCUUACACGACCUUCUUUUACCCAGCGAUCGCAGACACGGCCCCACCGUGCGGGUCCAAGCUUUAUGUCCCCAGCUGUUCGUGAAGAGAACGAUGCAGCUCUACGCGCAUCCCUAACCACUCUUCUUUCUUGCGCACACGCAGCUAGAGGCCUGCCAAAGUCAAAGGAAGAAGCUGAGGCCCAGAGAGUAGCCGCUUCAGGCGUAGGACCCAGUAGCCAGCCGAUGGAGCUGCGGCUCGUACCGGAGUCGGAGCUGUCACCAGAACCACCAAGACAAAGACGGGCCCAACGACCCGCUGCCCCGUCUCCACCCCGCAAACGGGCCGGGGGAUCCAGAUCUCCUUCACGAACCACCUCCGAGAGGGGCAAGCACAGCUCCGGAUCACCAACGGCCCCACGGGCUACCAAGAAAAAGAAGGUUGCCCAGAUGGAAGAGCCUGCCACCAUCUCGCCAACUCUCCUCACAUGGGUCGUCAGCGCCGGCGUCGUCAUCGUCGUCUCUGUGGUGGGGUUUGGUGCAGGGUAUGUUAUCGGUCGUGAAGCUGGCAGACAAGAGGCGUUGGCGGCCAGCGUUGGCAGUGUCAACGAUACCACGUCUUGCGGACAGGAAGUCAUCCGAUCAUCAGGCAGCGGACUACGCAAACUUCGAUGGGGUGCCGUUGGCAAGAGCAUCGUUGCUUAG